CCGCAGAAAAGAGGCAGCUCGGCCAGCACUUGCAGACACUUUGACCCUCUGUCUCACAGUCAGGUCUGCGGCUCUGAGCCCAACAACGGCACUAUUGUACCGCUGCAGGAGCCCACUUCACAACUAACGGACCUCCUGCUCCACACCAAAGAGGAGCAGAGCGGAGUGGGACGGACUUGGAUAUUAGUCAGGAGCUACCGAUGCGACAGUCAAACUUCCAAAAAGUCUCACCAGCAAAUAAAGCAUCAUGACUAAGAAACUAUGUGGGACCAAUUACCCAGUCAGCAUCUGCUUCAUAGUGGUGAACGAGUUCUGCGAACGCUUCUCCUUCUAUGGCAUGAAAGCGGUGCUCACGCUCUACUUCCUCACCUACCUGCAUUGGGACAAAGAUCUUUCCACCGCCAUCUACCAUGCCUUCAGCAGCCUCUGCUACUUCACACCCAUAAUGGGAGCUCUCAUCGCUGACUCCUGGCUCGGAAAAUUCAAGACCAUCAUCUACCUGUCCAUCGUCUACGUGCUCGGCCAUGUGGUCAAGUCGGUCGGAGCCAUUCCCACCGUGGGAAACAGCAACAUGCACAUCGGUCUGUCCAUGGCGGGUCUGAUACUCAUAGCAAUCGGCACCGGAGGAAUCAAACCCUGCGUGGCAGCGUUUGGAGGAGACCAGUUUGAUGAGGAGCACGUCAGCGAGAGACAGAAAUUCUUCUCCAUUUUCUACAUGUCCAUCAAUGCUGGCAGCCUUUUGUCUACUGUGAUUACACCCAUACUGAGAAGUGAUGUGCAGUGUUUCGGUGGUGACUGCUACGCUUUGGCCUUCGGGGUUCCUGCAGCUCUGAUGUUGGUGGCUUUAGUUGUGUUCAUUGCUGGCAGCGUGCUGUACAAGAGGAAUCCUCCCCAGGGAAACAUCCUGUUAGAGGUCUGCAAUUGCAUCGGGUUUGCCAUCAAAAACCGCUGGAAGAGAUCAAAGUAUGACUCUCCGAGGAAACACUGGCUGGACUGGGCUGAGGAGAAGUACACGAAGCGUCUGAUCCAGGAGAUUAAGAUGGUACUGCGGGUUUUGGUGCUCUACAUUCCGCUGCCAAUGUUUUGGGCUCUGUUUGAUCAACAAGGCUCCCGCUGGACAAUUCAAGCCACAAGGAUGAACUUGGCUUUUGGAGAUUCCUUCGUUAUUAAACCGGACCAAAUGCAGAUGUUGAACGCUCUGCUGAUUCUUGUCUUUGUGCCGAUCUUUGACCUCAUCAUAUAUCCGCUUGUUGGCCUUUGCAAAAUCAACGUCACGCCUCUCAGGAAAAUGGCCGCAGGCAUGAUUUUUGCAGCGCUGGCCUUUGGAGCGGCCACGCUGGUGGAGGUGAACGUUGUGAAAACGGUGGUGGAUCCUGCACCUCGGGGGAACUGUCUCCUGCAGGUCUUUAACCUGGCAGAGGGUAACGUGAGUCUGGAGAUCCCCGGCAGCAAUCCGUUCCCAGAGCCGAUCCAAUACCUUAAGGACACUCCUAAAUAUGUGAAGUUUCCAGCGUCUGGCGAAGACCUGAAGAUUCAAGUCACGCUCAGUGGAAAAACCUCAGAGUGUAACUACACGUUUGUCGAGGAGGAGGCUUACAGUCUCAUCUUACACCCAGUCGCUGGUGGAGUCCAGUGUGAACGUGUGGUCGACUGCAUAACAAAAAAUCAAGAUGGGAAUCCCCUGCUGAGGUUCCUCAACACACAGCCGGAGGCCGUAGACCUGACUGUUGGAGAAGUGACUUUCCAGGUGGCCUCUGGUUACAGCAUGUCGCCCAACAAGACCGUGGAGCGAGGAGAAUACCCAGAUGUCAGCUGCAGCUCACACUCAGGCAGGUGCUCCAGUCUCGACCUGGGCCUGCUGGACUUUGGAGCCGCCUACACCGUCAUACUCACAGAGGAAUCAGGUGAAAUUAAGGUUAACAAGGUGGAGGAUGUAAAAGCCAACAACGUGCACAUUGCCUGGCAGAUCCCCCAGUACGUCCUCAUAACUAUCGGAGAGGUCAUGUUCUCCAUCACGGGCCUGGAGUUCUCCUACUCACAGGCUCCAGCCAACAUGAAGUCCGUCCUGCAGGCGGGCUGGCUGCUCACUGUCGCAUUUGGGAAUGUGAUAGUGCUGAUCGUGGCAGAGGGUGCGGGACUGGAGCAGUGGAAAGAGUUCCUGCUGUUUGCCGGCCUUCUGUUGGGCGUCUGCAUCAUCUUCUCCAUCAUGGCGCACUUCUACACCUACGUUGACCCCAGUCAGCUGGACAAAUACCUGGAGGAAGAUGACGAUGAUAAGGUGAAGAAUAAAACGAGUGACAUGCGCCUGCACAAAACGGGGAAGAGCACCAGAUUGUAACCGUGCCUCGUAACGCGCAUCAUCUUCCUCACUGGAGCUCCAGAGGCGCCGGAUGAGUGAUGUGAAGGUAACCUUUUUUUAAAAAAUUGUUUCAUGUUUUCAUUCUGAGGUACGUUUCUGUGAUAUCGAAGCACUAAGAUGUGAUCGUGGGACAUUUGUAUUUGUUUGUCGCAACUUUUAAUAUAUUACGUGAAGCAUUUCUUAACACUCCAGAGAGCAGGAAAAUAUUUUGUGAAUGAGACUGAAUUUAUGAAAUAGUGUUUAAAAGAAGCAAAGAACGACGUGAUUUCCGGCAGCGUGAUCAAUGGUGUUAUUACAAAUGAACGUCAGAUGUUGUGCUGUGUAUAUUUGUUGCGUAUGUCAAAAUUUUCUAUUUCCUGUGACGCUUAAAAAUAAUCAAAACCGGUUCAGUCUUUGACAAAACCAAUGGUUCAGUUGCGCCUUUAACAAUUAUACCACAAAGAUUAUAGCUACUGCUGGUUUUUGCAUGUUAGUUCAUUAACAGUUCAGAUAUCAUUAAUGGAAACCAAGUGUCUUUGAAUGGUGUCUUACCGUUAAAUAAGCUGCUGUUGACAGUCAGAACGCUCUGAAAUAAUUUUGCAUUUUAGCAUUUAUUUGUUGUGCGUUAACUUAUUGAUUAGUAACGCAGUUGAAAGCAGGUACUGUAAUAAAAACUGUUUUAAGUCGAUAUCUGAGAUUUAGGAAUAUGGCAGCAAUCUUCUUUUUAUCGUCCGUCUUCUGGGUUUGAUUUUCUGAAAACGAAGGAAAUCUGCAGCCACUUGCACUAAAACUAAUAAUCCAAAUACUUUUGACAAAAAUCUAAGACAGGGAAUUGUCUCUUUGAGGCAAGUUUUAGGUCUCUGCGAACUGAACCGAGUUAACAGCUAGCAGGUGGAAAAUAUCUAAAUAUGUAUCAGUAUUGUUAAAGCUGGGAUCGGCAGAAAUCUGAAAAAGUUUUCUAGAGCCUGCAAACAAAGCCAAGAGGUGCAGAAGUGUCAGUCCACUUAAAUUACAAUAUGCUAAAAGUUUAUUAUGGGAUUUUUUCCCAGGACGCCAGAAUAAAACUGCCUGCCCCAGCUUUAAUUAUCAUAUAUGUGAAAUGUAGUUUAUGUAGGAAAACAAGCAAACCAAGCGUAUGAUCCUUUAAAGUCAUGAAGGACUUUUUUUUAACUCUGGGAAAGUUUAAAUUGUGCUGCUCCCUAUAAAGCUCUGUAAAUAGACAUGAUGCAUAAACUUGUUUUUUUUGCUGUUUGAAAUUGUAAAGGAGAUUAAAAUGUGCAUUGUUAAAUUUGUGCCACAAAAAAA